AUGUCCAAGCGUCUAACUCCUUCCACCAUUGAUGGUGGAAUUAUCCUUACUACUCCGGCUCUAGAAAAUCCAGCUACAUCUGAUCAUGUUUUCCAACGCAUCUUGCAAUGGCAUCUUCCACAAGAUGUGAUCUGGAAAAUUGCCCCAGAGCUUCGCUUGUUUGGAUUGGACGCAAUUUCAGCGAACAUCAACUCUCUGAUUGCAAAUGCGGAAAGCCAACAACCUUACGUUAAAGCCCACAAUGUGUGGGGAGCCCGAUAUGAAUCGAACGGGCUAGUGACCAGCACAGGCUGGAAGGAACUGGGUAAAUGGGGAAUCAAGAACGGCGUCGUCGGACUUGGAUACGAAGACGAAUUCGGCCCAUAUCGUCGCACUGUGCAGCAUGCAUUUAAUUACUUGUUCUCGGCUUCUUCCGCUGCCUUUUCCUGCCCAGUCUCCAUGACCUCAGGAGCGGCGCGUUUAGUGAGACAUCAAAUAUCUGAUCUGCCCAAAGACCACCCGCUCCACGAGCUUUACGCAAAGCUCAUUGCCCGAGAGAAUAAUUGGAUCUCGGCUCAGUGGAUGACAGAGCGUCCCGGUGGUAGCGAUGUCAGAAAUAGCGAGACGAUUGCUACAUACUCCCCACUGGCAUCAAAGACGGGUAGGUUCGGUAACAUGGAAGAGGGUGAUUACCUUCUUUCUGGAUUCAAGUUCUUUUGCAGUGCCACCGAUUGCGAUGUCGUCCUAUUGCUGGCCAAAACUGAAUCUGGAGAGCUAUCUCUUUUCGUUGCCCCAACCACAAAAACGGUGACGGGCGCCUCGGGGAAGACCAAGAAGGUCUCUAACGGCAUUCGCAUCCAUCGCCUCAAAAAUAAGAUGGGGACAAAAGAACUGCCAACCGCAGAAGUGGAGCUUCGAGAGGUGCGGGCGCAUCUGAUCGGUCCCAAGGACCGUGGAAUUGCGACGAUUGCUCUUCUCUUGAACACGACCCGCACCCACAACUUCAUUACUGCGCUCUCUUGUCUGCGUCGUGCUAUCGAUAUUGCAAAGGCUUUUGCGAGGGCUCGCACUACCAUCGAUCAGCCUCUGUGGACUUUCCCGAUGCAUCUGAAUAUGCUUUCGCAACUCGAAGUUAAGCAUCGGGGCUGGAUGCAGCUGGCAUUUUUCACUUCUUCACUACUGAGCUACGUGGACAACGGGUUUCCGGUUGGUAUACCAGACGUCUAUUCGGUAUUGGCAGGCUCUCCCAGUACUGCAACGGUUGUACUGCGAGCGUUUACGUCUACUUCCAAGGCUGUGAUCUGUAAAUCUGCAACAUUGGCGUUCCAAGAAUGUCAAGAAGCGAUGGGCGGGGUUGGUUAUAUUGAUGAGCCUGAUGAACCUGAAUUCAACGUGAGUCGCCUGUGGCGUGACACCGCAAGCAACAGUGUAUGGGAGGGUACUACGAAUGUUUUGGCCAGUGAGACGGUGCGACAUUUAACCAAAGGCCAGAAUCUGGAUCUGUUCCACAAUUGGAUCUCUAACGCUAUCAGCCAAAUCAGAGAUUUGGCUUUCAAGACGACCCUUCAAGAUAUCUGGUUGGCUCUCAAGUCCAAACUUGAAGCUGGUCGAGAUGAGAAGGGCCUGGGCGGGGUUCUGGGAGUCGGUCGCCAGAUCAUAUUCACCCUGUCGUGGCUUGUAAGCGGCAUGCUGCUCUGUUUAGAUGCUCAACGAGACAACGACAGCGUUGCCAGAGAGGUGGCUCGGAGAUGGGUCUUGGAUGGUCAGGGUGUGCCUGGAGAGUUCGCAUUCAACGAUCUCAUCUACCAGCGGUCUGUCUUGGCUCAGGAUAGAAAGCCGACAAACCGGGAACGUACAGAGUGGGAUUGUCGAAUUGUUUGGGGAGUUGAUCUUCCGUCUAAUGCGUCGCCGGGAUAUCGGAUGGCUAAGAUUUAG